UUUGUAUUCUCGAGCGCAUUUCUAGACGUACAAUGAGCAAAAUUGGGUAGGUAUUUGUAUAGAGGUGAUCUGUCACAGCUGCCUCGCAGUUCAGGUGAGCGAAAAUGUUUUGUACUCAAAGCUGCGAGCAUCACAUCAAUGCGACAUCCUCUGGUCGAGUUCUGGGUUCGAAUGGCAUGCAGCAGCAGCAGCAGCAGCAGCAGCAGCAGCAGCAGCAGCAGCAGCAGCAGCAGCUGCCACAGCAGAAUGAACAAGAACAGCAAUUCCAGCCACAAAGCUUCAACAUGGACUUUACUCUGCUACCAUCGCCCGGGUUCGGGCCAGUAUCAUCACAGCUAGGCGUAUGCAUUGUGACCGAGACUCCAGAGGGCCUAAGCUUUGAAUGCGAUGUGCCGCUUCCCGCUUCUUACAACUUUGACACAAGCAACAAAUCCAUGACAAUUAUACCCUUGCCUGGCAGCCAAAUAUGCGCCCAGCCUUCAUAUCAGCCAGAGGUACAGCUGUAUACGGAGUUGAGGCCAGCGCCAGAAGACAGUCAAUACGUGCAGCCUGGAAAUGCUGGCCAAAGGGAGUCUGCACAGGCUACUACAGUGCACAACAUUCAAUCAGUUCUGCAAGUGCAGCCGCGCCAAUUCCAGCUGCAGUUGCCUAUUUUCUUUGGCAGCAGUCAACCAGGCCGUUCCUCAUGCACACAACAGCUGAGUUCGCUGUGCCAAACCAUAGAGCAUACUUCCUUUCCUUGGCAACAGCAGCCGCAGCCGCAGCCGCAGCCGCCACAGGCACAGCAGACCGCACCUUGUGCAUAUCCGCUCCAGCAGGAGCUAUCGAGGCAACAAGUGCAGGUGCAGCUGAUACCAGCUCAGCUGUGUGAGCAGACUUCGCCUUUGAGAAGCUUUGAUCUGCCCUGUCGAAUUGUGGAAGCGCACGCGGCAAAUCCAGCCCAGAGUCAGCUGCAGCCAAUGUUUAUACUACAAAUCCUGCCACCUGAAAAUAACGCACUGCAUCAGCUGCCUUUGGCUGCGCCCAGUGUACCCUCGUUUGCUAAGAGCCCAGCGCAAACACCGCGAAAGUCUGCGACUUGGGCGCCAAUGAAUAUUGCCCCACCCUGCACGUCGUCAGCAUCGAAUACUCCACAAUCGACGUGUAAGCAAGCGCCCUCCAGCGCCACGGCUGUGAACAGCUGUCAGAGAUCUCGCAAGCCCGGCUAUAGACCUCGACUUGGCAAAGCUGUGGGCACAAAAACCAUCGAUCAUGGAAGUGAGAAUGGAAAUGGCUGUCAAAUGGGCACGGAGCAUAGAAACAGGAAUUCGCACAGCAAUGGAAUUGGAACUGCUAAGGCAAGUGGACAAGGCAGCAGAAAUGCCAAUAGACUGGAUAAUGAUGAGGGUUAUAAGACUGGCACGGGAUGUGCGAUGGCAAAUAGAAACGCAACUGGAGCUGGCUGUGCACAUGGUAAUGGAAAAAGUUUUGGACGCGGCAAUGCAUUUGGCCAGGGCAGUCGAAGUGCGAGCUGUAAUAGAAGUGAAUUUACUAACAAUGGCUGGCACCAUCCGCACUGCUCUUAUUGGCGCUAUCCGCCUGCCGCACGCCAAGGCAGUGACUGGAGUCAGAGAUUCUAGGGGCGUGAUCUGAAAAUCCCACACGAGAAUGGAACUGUUUCUGUAGAGAUAUUUAAGACAAAUUCCAAAGAAGUCCUUCACAUGAUUCAACCUGCAGUAACUCAGGUCAGCUAAUUCUAACUUCGUUGACGGACUUCCUAAUCAUUUCAGAGGAGUUCAGUGCUAAAGGGAACAGCGUCAAAUCCGCUGCUUUCGCUAUUUAUCAAGAUAGUCUUGUCUCUAUCAGACUGAAGUCGCAGGCAAUCGAGCAUUCCUUCACGGUCGAACAACAAUUUAAUUUAUUAAAAAAUCAAUUUUGUGCACUUCGACCCGCCCACAGUUGUUGCAGCAGGCGCUUCAAGCUCUUCAACUGAUUUGUCACUGCUCCAUGGGUUGAGUACAGCCAAAGGGAAAGACACCGAUUAAAUAUCAAAUUAUGAUUAUUUGUAACUAAAUAUAAGUAAAUCAAAGACCAUAGUUAAU